AUGCAGACCCAAGUUAUUCUUCAGAGUACAGAAGCGUCCCUCAAGAAUUUGGAGAGUACUAUGGGACAAAUUGUUACAUCAUUGAAUAAACUUGAGGUUGAGAAUAUUGGAGAAUUACCCACAGAAUUAGAGAUUAAUCCAAUAGAGAAUGAUGGUACCCUAACUCUUCAAAGUGUUCCACAACUUGACAUGCCACCUCAUCCAGAGAUAACAUUUGAUCCAAUUCCAACUCAAGAAGUCAACAAUUCAACCCCAAAAGCAUCUUCUCCAUCGGAGAUCGAAACUUUCACGUCAGUUGGUCCAUCAUCACAGAACAUGCUACACAAACCAACUAUCAGAUCCUAUGUCCCUAUUCCUCCUUUUCUGAACAGAUUGACAAAAUUUAAGAAUGAGGAGGAAAAUAAGGUGAUCCUUAAAAUCAAUAUUUCACUCCAUACAACUUUUAAGAAAGUACCACCAUAUGCUAAGAUUCCUAAGGAGUUGUCCCCAAAUAAAAGGAAGUUGAAAGGUGAUAAAAAGAUAAGUGUGGGGGAGAAUGUUUCUGUUAUUCUCCAAAGGAAGUUGCUACCCAAGUGUCAAGACCUUGAAAUGUUUAUAAAUCCAUACACUAUCAGUAAAAGUAGGUUUGAUCAUUGUAUGAUAGAUUUAGGAGCACCUAUUGAUGUUAUGUCUUAUUCUAUUUUUGCUUCUUUAAAUCUAGGGUUAUUAAAAGAAACUAGUGUUAUUAUUCGAUUGGCUAAUUGCGCUAAUGCUUAUCCCUUAAGGGUAGUUGAAGAUGUUUUGGUGCAGGUUCAAUUUGGUAGGCCAUUCCUACUGAUUACAACUACAAAGAUGGAUGUCAAAGUAUGGGUACUUACAAUAGAAUUUGAUGGUGAAGUUAUACAGUUUGAUAAGUUUAAUUCUAUUGAUAAAUACAAGAGGAAGAAGGUUAUGUUAAAUGACCCACCAUAA